UUUCAAACUUUGAAAAAAAAUUCCAAGAUCAUCAAAGUAUAUACUACAUUGGCCAUGAUCUCUUAUUGGAAAGGCUCCUGGAAGGAUACCCACAGGUAUUGCAUGACAGCCAUCAGAAUCAAGAUAGAUGACCGAAGUGCAGAAGAAGAGAAAUUUAUGAAAACUUUCUGUCAAAGCACCUUGGCAUACAAUUACAUGUGUCAAGGCCAUAUUGACGAAGGGACUGUAGUUGUAGAUACAUUAUUGAAAGAUCCAGACCGUUGUUCUCACCCAACUUUUGGCAUAAUCAUCAGUACACUAGCUUGGUCAUAUUACCUAAGAGGUGAGAAAAGAAUAGCCUUAGAUCUCUACAAAAAAUCUCUGGCAAAGUUAAAAGAAAAUAGUCUUGAGAAGAACCGAUGGGUAGUGCCAAUGUGCUACAUUGCUGACCUAGAAUCCGACUUGAAAAGAAAACAUGGAAAGUCUCUGGAGACGAUUCAUUGUGCAGAAGUGUACCAAAGAGAAUCUUGUAUUAAGCACACAAACUUUAUAAGGAUAAACUUGAUCAAAGCCAAGAUCCAUCUACGAGAUGGAAAUUUAUCAGUAGCUAUAGAUAUAUUGGAGAAAGCAGAGCAUGAUAUGAUAAAGUCUGGUUCGGUUCAUUAUAUCUUGGUGGAUAUCCAGGAAUGGCUGGCACAUAGUUACCUGAUUAAUGAGCAAAAAUACUUAGCCAAAAAGAAAUUCGAAGAGUGCGGCAAGAAUUUGGAAGAAUUAAACCAUCCCUGCGACAAUUCCCGCAAAACCACAGUCAAGAACCACCUGGAGAAUCUGAGCAAUUGUUUAUACGAGGAUGGCUGUGACAUCUGUUUAAAUUUAAAAGAACACAACAGACAAGCAAAGUCACAAGAAGAGGAGGAGCAUCUCAGAAAUGGAAUGAGGCGUCUAAGUGCAUUAGAGUCGAUUGCUGAGUUCCGUUUCCCGCAGCCUGAGUCUGGCUGUCAUUAAAAAUCAAGUGAGGAAUGAUUAUUGGUUAAAUUGGGGAUAUAUAUAUAUAUA